AAUAUAUUGGAAAGCGAGACGGGUAGGAGGGCAAGUGAAUUCAAAUUUGGAACGUGAACGCAAGCGCGGGACACGUGCUGCCCUCUCCUUCCCGUUCCGUUGGGCAGCACCUAUGCGCUCCUUCCGCCUCCUCCGCCUUUAAAUUUAAAAAUCCAACCACAAGAGAGAGAGUGGACGGUUCGAUCCAGAAGAAGAGGGAGACCAGAAAUUCAAAAAUUCUAGGGUUUUAAUUUGACAUCUCAUAAAUGGAGAAAUACGAGAAGCUGGAGAAGGUAGGAGAAGGCACGUACGGCAAGGUCUACAAGGCCAAGGACAAGGCCACAGGCCAAUUGGUCGCGCUGAAGAAGACGCGUCUGGAGAUGGACGAAGAAGGCGUCCCUCCCACCGCGCUCCGUGAGGUCUCUCUUCUGCAAAUGCUCUCUCAGUCGCUCUACAUCGUACGGCUUAUCUGCGUUGAGCACGUCGACAGCAAGGAAGGCAAGCCCGUCCUCUACCUCGUCUUCGAGUACCUCGACACCGAUCUCAAGAAGUUCAUCGAUUCUCACCGGAAAGGUCCUAGUCCGAGGCCCUUGGCGCCGUCGAUGGUCCAGAGCUUCCUCUACCAACUGUGCAAGGGGGUGGCCCACUGUCACUCCCAUGGCGUCCUCCACCGCGAUCUGAAGCCCCAGAAUCUGCUUCUGGACAAGGAAAGAGGGAUUUUGAAGAUCGCCGAUCUUGGACUCGGCCGCGCUUUCACUGUACCUCUCAAGAGUUACACGCACGAGAUUGUUACUCUCUGGUACAGAGCACCGGAAGUUCUGCUUGGUUCGACUCACUACUCCACCGGCGUGGACAUGUGGUCCGUCGGAUGUAUCUUCGCCGAGAUGGUGAGGAGGCAGGCUCUGUUCCCAGGAGACUCUGAGUUCCAGCAGCUGCUUCACAUUUUCAGGCUGCUAGGAACACCAACAGACAAGCAGUGGCCAGGAGUUAGUGCUCUGCGAGAUUGGCAUGUGUAUCCACAGUGGGAGCCUCAAAACUUGGCUCGUGCUGUUCCUGCUUUGGGGCCUGAUGGAGUUGAUCUCCUAGAAAAAAUGCUUAAAUAUGAUCCAGCCGAGAGAAUCUCAGCCAAAGCCGCUCUUGACCAUCCCUAUUUCGACAGCCUUGACAAGUCUCAAUUCUGAAGUUUUUCACUUGUGAACACAAAGAUGCUAUGAAUGAAGUGCUUUCUCCCGGAAGGAAUAUGGCAUUUUCUAGGAAGUGAUGAAUUUAGGGCUGCCUGUCAUCAUCUUGGUGAUUUCAAAGCCUCCUAUUAUUAUGCUUUCCAUCUUUGUAUAUCACAAUAUGAUUAUUAUCCUUGUUAGACAACUUAUCAUUCGAAGUAUGGUUUUAUAAUAUUCAGCUUCUUUGUUGGAUCAUGAAUCA